CUGCCAAAAUGCAAGACCAGCUUCCUCCCGAAGGCUGAGCAGAAAGGGGAAAGGUCGAAUCUUAAAACUGGCGUCAGGCAGGACGGGGGGAAACUCCGACCAGGGCCCGUCUAAGCCGAGGUCGGGCUGGACCCCUAGUGUGCCAGGUGGGAAAGAGCGCAGAGGCCAGGCCGGUACCCUCAGCGGCUUCGUCCGCAUGCGGCCAGGUCCCCCUUCCGCGCUAGCAGUCCCGGGGCGCGCUCCCCGGCCUCGGACCCCUGCGGCGAGCCGCGCGGACCCCUGCCUGCGACCCGAGGGAGGCCCGGACCCCUAGCCGGCAGGACUGCGCGCCGCCCCUCCCCGUUGGUCCAGGCGAGCGCCUCGCUUCCCCUCCCCCCUUCCCGCCUCCCCGGCCCGUGUCCCCGCCUUCCCCGCGGGCGACGGGCGGCGGCGGCGGCGGUGGCGGGAGGAGCGGGCCGAGCCGAGGCAGCCCCGACCUUGCGCGCUGCGAUGUAGCGAACCAGCGAGGACCGAAGCUGCGCGCACAGCCGGAGACACAGCUGGAACCGGGGCCCCAGCCGAAGUCGAAACCUCAGUCAGAGUCCGUGGCGAGCGAGCCCGGAGCCGACGAGCCGAGUACGCAGCGCAACCCGCGUGGGGGGCUGGGGACUUCGAGGCGGCCCAGACAGGAGUCGAUUCUGAACAAAACAAGUCAUUUGGGGCUUGAGGUGGGCACGAGCCGCGCGGGACUUGGAGGCCAGAUGCGUUUCUUUUGUGCGGCCGAGGGAGAAGUCGGUCGCAGCCAGGGCGGCCGGGCGCGUCCGGCCCCGGCCCCGGCCCCUGGAGCGCCCGCCGCGGUCCCCGCCUCCAUGGACGCCUUCAAGGGGGGCAUGAGCCUGGAGCGGCUGCCGGAGGGACUCCGGCCGCCGCCGCCGCCGCACGACAUGGGGCCUGCCUUCCACCUGGCGCGCGCCGCCGACCCCCGCGAGCCGCUGGAGAACUCUGCCAGCGAGUCGUCCGACACGGAGCUGCCAGAGAAGGAGCGCAGCGGGGAAGUCAAGGGGCCGGAGGACAGCGGUGCAGGAGGCGCAGGCUGCGGUGGUGCGGAAGACCCGGCCAAGAAAAAGAAGCAGCGGCGGCAGCGCACGCACUUCACAAGCCAGCAGUUGCAAGAACUGGAGGCCACGUUCCAGAGGAACCGCUACCCCGACAUGAGCAUGCGGGAGGAGAUCGCUGUGUGGACCAACCUCACCGAGCCUCGCGUGAGGGUCUGGUUCAAGAACCGGCGAGCCAAGUGGCGGAAGCGCGAGCGUAACCAGCAGCUGGACCUGUGUAAGGGCGGCUACGUGCCGCAGUUCAGCGGCCUGGUGCAGCCCUACGAGGACGUGUACGCCGCCGGCUACUCCUACAACAACUGGGCCGCCAAGAGCCUGGCGCCAGCGCCGCUCUCCACCAAGAGCUUCACUUUCUUCAACUCCAUGAGCCCGCUGUCGUCGCAGUCCAUGUUCUCGGCGCCCAGCUCCAUCUCCUCCAUGACCAUGCCGUCGAGCAUGGGCCCGGGCGCCGUGCCCGGCAUGCCCAACUCGGGCCUCAACAACAUCAACAACCUCACCGGCUCCUCGCUUAACUCGGCCAUGUCACCGGGCGCCUGCCCGUACGGCACGCCCGCCUCGCCCUACAGCGUCUACCGGGACACGUGCAACUCGAGCCUGGCCAGCCUGCGGCUCAAGUCCAAGCAGCACUCGUCGUUCGGCUACGGCGGGCUGCAGGGCCCGGCCUCGGGCCUCAAUGCGUGCCAGUACAACAGCUGACCGCCCCCGCCAGGCCCCGCGGGCCCGCGGCCGGCACGGCGCCGGGGCAGGGGCGGCGCGGAGGACCUCGCCACGCCGCGGCCCCCGCGCCCGCGCAGCCCCCUCUUCCCCACCUCCCCACCUCCGGGCUGGUUGUGUGUUUGCUUUUCUGGACCCCACUCUGCCCUCCCAAACGAGACGAAACAAAACAAAAAGACGUCGGAGAAAAGUGCUGCGAAAAAAAACGGAUGAGUUGCAAUUUCCCUCGGGAUGGCGCGGGUGGUGUGUGUUGGCUCCCUCGGGCCCCGGCGGGCCGUUGCGCGGAGGGGACGCGGCGCGGGAGGCGGGCGGUCCGGAGAGGACGCCCUCGUAGCCCGCGUUCCCGCCGCGCUGGACCCGGAAUGAGUGGCCGCGCCUGCGGACUGGACGUGCGGAGCCCGGGCAGGCUGGCCCCGGCCCCGUACGAACCGAGGUGCCCCCUCCAAGCUGGCCCCGGCCGAGCGUACCUUAGCUCGAUUCGGAUCCGAGUUGGAGCGGCCGUUGGGUCGGGGAUGACGGUGCCCAGCCUGGGAUCGGGGACUCGCUGUGGAGCCGCACGCGGCCGCGGCGCGCCCGGAAGAGCCGUCGGCCGCCCAGAGCCCCGGAGUCCUCUUUUAAGGCUAAGGAGACGCAGCUGGCGGUGCGGACGUGGCAGGAGAACGGGGUGGGCUCGUCUCCGAGCACCCGGCCUCCGAGCUUCGCCGCAGGCCCAGGUCCUCCGCUCCGCUCCCGGGCUAGGAGGUGGCCCCCUUGGCCCGGCGAAGAGCCCCCUCCUCACCGCCCGCCGUGCAAGAGUCGAGCCGGGAGAGCUCGGGGCGCGGCCAGGGUCCCCGCGCCGCGCCCACUUUGCACACCCGCUCUCCGGCCCGCGCCCCUGUUUACAGCGUCCCUGUGUAUGUCGGACUGACUGUAUAGAAUUAUAAAUCUGUCUAUAUCGAUUUGUCCAUGUACGUCUAUUAAAACCAUAGUACAAGCGUGCUAACCA